UCUGUGGAGACUCUACACAGUAGGAAGGAGACUCACCGACACGUCAGGGACCCAGAGGAACCCAGAGGAACCCAGAGGAACCCAGAGGAACCCAGAGGAACCCAGAGAACCCAGAGGAACCCAGAGAACCCAGAGGAACCCAGAGAACCCAGAGAACCACGCUGGCCUGGCUGCUACAGACCUUUUAACUGUUUUAUUCUCAUUUUCCUCCACAGCUCUUCUCCUGCACAGCUGAGGAAGAGGAGGUGAAGAUGAAGAUGAAGAGCAGACGGUCUCUGGAAGCUUCGGCCCUCCUGGCCCUCCUGCUGCUGCUGUCCUCCUCCCAGGCCCAGAGUCAAGACAUUCAGUGCAGGACGUCAGCCAAGGCCGACAUCGUGCUGCUGGUGGAUGGCUCCUGGAGCGUCGGCCGCUUCAACUUCAGAAUCAUCCGCAACUUCAUCGCUGACAUCGUCGGCCCGUUCAACAUCGGCCCCGACAACGUGCAGAUAGCUUUGACUCAGUACAGCGGAGACACGAGGACCGAAUGGCACCUGAACAGCCACCCCACCAAAGAGUUGCUGCUGCAGGCCGUCAACAGCCUUCCCUAUAAAGGAGGAAACACCAUGACAGGAUUUGCUCUCAGAUUCAUCCUCAGGAACAACUUUCAGCCGGGCGUAGGGAUGCGCCCCGAUGCCAGAAAGAUCGCAGUCCUGAUCACAGACGGAAAGUCGCAGGACGAAGUCAUCUUCAGCUCCCAGAGCCUGAGGGACAGCGGCGUGGAGCUCUACGCCGUCGGCGUGAAGCAAGCUGACAAGAAAGAGCUGGAGUUGAUCGCUUCAGACCCAGAUGAGGUCCACAUGUACCACGUGCGAGAUUUCAGUUUCCUGGCGGACAUAGUCCACAGCCUCAGGGUCAAUCUGUGCAACAGCGUCAAGGGUUCAGAUACUGAGCUGGCCCCGCCCACCAACCUGGUGACAUCAGAGGUGACCCACCACUCCUUCAGAGUCUCCUGGACCGCACCAGAACUUCCUGUAAAAAUGUAUCGUGUUACAUACGCGGAGGUGGCAGGAGGGCCCUCCAUGGAGCUGCUGGUGGACGGGAACGUCACCACCACGGUGCUGGAAAACCUCUCCUCCCUGACGGAGUACGCGGUGAACGUCUAUGCCGUGGUGGACGAGGUCAGCAGCGAGCCUCUGAAGGGCACCCAGACCACCUUGCCAGCACCGAAGAACCUGAGCGUGUCGGAUGAGACCUCCAGCAGCAUGAAGGUGAGCUGGGAGGUGGAGGACGGAGCUACGGAGUACCUGCUGCUGUACAGAUCCAUCAACGCCUCUGAGCCUCGGCUGAAUAAGGUGGUCAGUGUUGCAGGAGACGUGACGGAGACCCAGCUGGUGGAGCUGACACCCAACACCGAGUACUCUAUCCUACUGCUGGCUCUGCAAGACGAAACGCCAACGGUCACCAAGAAGGGCCGCGGACUCACCCGUCCGGUCUGGGGGGAAGCAAACCCACAAGAGAAUAAUUACCUGAAUAAUCAUGAAGAACGACGAGACGAGUGGCAGUGAGCGAUGGUUUGAUGCUGCCUUGCUUCAUAUAAUCUCUAAUCAUAAAAAUACAUUCCCAGUAACAUUUCUGUUCAGUCAUUUUCUCAAAUAUCACGUUUAAUGACUUUCUAGUCUGGCUGUUAUUACUUUGUUACAUCUGGUUCAUUCCUUUCUACAUGGUCUUCAGCUUUAGCACGCAUCUUAUUGCCAGAAAAUAGUGCUUCCACUGCUAUGUACAUCUGUAGCUUUCCACAAAGUGAACAAGCUUAUCCUGUUAACUGAGUAUUAACUGAAAUAAAUUCCAAUGUAAUACUG